AUGGCGUCCUCCAGGAGCCCAUCAUGGGUUGCACUGGCUCUUCUUCUCUUCGUCGCUCUGGUGCACACAGCCAACGCCGACCAUCUCUCUGCAGGGUACUACGCAAGGACAUGCCCCAACGUGGAGCGCGUUGUCUCGUCAGUGAUGGCGAAGAGGGUCGGUGGCGGGCGCAUGGCACCCGCUGUACUCCGCCUCUUUUUCCAUGACUGCUUCGUCAACGGAUGUGAUGCCUCCGUUCUCCUGGACGCGACACCGUUCUCUGAGAGUGAGAAGGAUGCCGAGCCGAACAUGUCCCUCACCGGCUUCACCGUCAUCGAUGAGAUCAAGGCCGCGCUCGAGCAUGACUGCCCCGCCACCGUCUCUUGCGCUGAUGUGCUCGCGCUCGCGUCCCGCGACGCCGUCACCCUACUCGGAGGCCCCACCUGGAACGUGCCCCUCGGCCGCAAGGACUCUCGCUUCGCCGCUGAGAAAGAUUUCACCAUGAAAAAUCUCCCUAGCCCAAACGACAACCUUGGGGAGCUAAUCAAAAUGUUCGGGGACCUCGGCCUCGACGCCCGCGACAUGACCGCACUCUCUGGCGCGCACACUGUGGGGAUGUCCAAUUGUGAGCACUACAGAAAACGUAUCUACGGGAGCAGCGACACUAAGUACAACAUCGACCCCUCCUUCGCGGAGGCAAGGCAGCAGAUGUGCCCACCUCAAGGAUCGUCUGGUGACGCCGGCAAGGCGCCGUUCGAUGUGCAGACACCCAGGAAGUUCGACAAUGCUUACUACCGUGACCUUAUCGCUCAUCAGGGUCUCCUCAACUCCGACCAGGCUCUAUACAGCGGUGGAGGCGUGGACAGUCUUGUAGUUAGGUAUGGUUCCGACGGUGAUGCUUUCGGGAGGGACUUCGCCAAGGCCAUGGUGAAGAUGGGGAACAUACCUCCACCAAAUGGAAUGCCCACAGAAGUGAGGCUCCACUGCUCCAUGGCAAACUAUUGA